AUGAAAGGCAGGACACUAUGGAUUCCGAACCAAGUGCCGGUGACCAACCUGAGAAUCUCCUCCAAGAAACAACAGCUGUACGUGAGUUCGGACCACGGCGUCUCGCAAGUGUCGCUCCACCGUUGCCAAGCCUACGGCGAGGCGUGCGCGGACUGCUGCCUGGCCCGGGACCCCUACUGCGCCUGGGACGGCCUGAGCUGCUCCCGCUUCUACCCCACCGGGAAGAGACGUAGCAGAAGACAGGACAUCAUGCAUGGAAACCCGCUGACCCAGUGCAGAGGAUUCAACCUUAAAGCGUACCGUAACGCGGUGGAGAGGACGCAGUACGGGGUGCGUAACAACACCACCUUCCUGGAGUGUUCGGCCACGGCUCCGCGCUCCUCCAUCCGCUGGCUCAUCCAGCGCGACAACGACCGCCGCAAAGAGGUGAAGCUGAGCGAGCGAGUGCUGUCCACCGAGCACGGCCUGCUGGUCCGUGCGGCGCAGGCCUCGGACCAGGGACUCUACUACUGCCUGGCCACCGAGAACGCCUUCAAGCGCACCGUGGCCAAGAUCCGCCUGCGAGUGCUGAGCCCGGCCAUGGUGUCCCUGCUGUCCGACACGCCGCCCCCGGCCCCCCCGGGCCCCGGGGCCCUGCUGGCGGGCUUCAGCCCCUCAGAGAGCCUGGCCGUGCAGCAGUACUGCAAGGAGAGGAGGCAGCUCCAGGACCAGGUCCCGGGGCGGCCGGGGUCCCCCGGGAAUGUGACUCCCCUGAGGGGGGACCAGGCCAAGCUCAAGCCCCUGCUGGACCGACGGAAGAGCCGCAACCGUCGCAACCACCUCCCGGAGUACUGAACUAGGGGUACCCCUCAACCCUGGUAGACCCGUGGUACCCUGUCCCAACCCAGGGUACACCCAGUGGUACCCUCCUCCCAACCCUGGUAGACCCGUGGUACCCUGUCCCAACCCAGGGUACACCCAGUGGUACCCUCCUCCCAACCCUUGGUAGACCCAUGGAUACCCCCCCCCCUCCAAACCUUGGGUUCCCCCGUGCCUACCCUGGUAGACCCAUGGGUACCCCCCUCUCAAACCUGGUAGACCCAUGGUGCCCCGUCCCAACCCUGGGUAGACCUAUGGGGAACCCCCUCCAAACCCUGGUAGACCCAUGGUACCCCCUCCCAACCCUCAGUAGACCCAUGAUACCCUGUCCCAACCCUGGAAGAACAGACUGAUGUCAACCCGCUCAAAGACUGACCCACCGCACCUUUUGUCCUGGAGUUCUGGACGUUAGCCAGAGGCUCUGUUAGCAUGUUAGCUCCUGGAGCCUCAGAGCUGGGGAUGGGAGGAGGCGGACAUGGAGGUCCCUGGCUUCUGCUCGCAUGAGACGUGCUGCGCCGGCCAGGGAAAGACUGUGGCGUUAUGUAAACACUUGCAUGUACACAAGCACACGCACACACACACACACACACACACACACAAUUGCUUUUCGCUCUUCACUGUGUCCAUAUUGGGGGUAAAGAAAUGGGGUACUUCCUGCUCCUGUUUCUUAACGCCCACCCUCAUCUACACGAUGGCUUCAGACCCACCCUGGAGCGUCGUCGUAGGUCACAGCGGUCUGCUCCUUCAUGUAGCAGACUGAACCAGGGAAGGUCAGUCCACCCCUCCUUUAUGAGCGGCCUGUCUGUGACCUACGAUUGACAGCUCUUUUCAAAGGUCCUGCUGUUAUCAGGUCCUCACAGGGAGGGGCUUUGAGUAAAGAAAUAACCCUUCACACUCUCGUUGAGGAUUAGUGCCCCAAUGUAAACCUAAACAUCGCACAUGGAAAUGCUGUGCCGUAUUUUGGGGGAAAUAAAUAUUAAGCCCCCUAGUUUUCCAAAUAAACAGUACUAUAAAAUAUGUUGAGAUGAGGAUUUAAACUUGUACGUAUAACCUCUGAGAUCUGAACAGAGCAGACAUUCUGAUCCUUAUUAAAAGCUCUUGGUACUACCAGCACAUAAGGAUGUUUACACAGAACCAGAACUACAUGACCAUCUCCAACAUUGGUUUGAUUACGUGAAGAAGGAAGAAUUCUUCCUUAAAGAUGAAAUGUUGGUUCUGAUCGCCUUGGAGACAGAUGGGGCUUUCUGAUAGAUCGACCUUUGACCUGUCCUCUAAUGAUAUGUUAAUAGUUCAGCAUGUUUCUCAGAAACAUAUUUAUUGUAGAUAUUAUUGUUGUAAUCGUCUGUUUAACUUAAUGUCUAGUGUUGUGGAAACCUGUUGUCAUAGCGACUCAUAGUAUGUAUAAUUUCAGAGUAUUUCAUUAACUAAGACGGAUCUGCAGAUCGCAGUGAUGAUCACCCCCCCCCCCCCCCCCCCCCCCCGUCUCUUUGUAAAUCCGGUCAGUUUAAUGUUCUCAUAAUGAUCCCAUAUCUUUCUAUUUAUUAAAGAAUCAAAUGCGGAAAUUUUGUAUCCAUUUAUUGAAUUAUCAGUUCAGCUUGAACAAAAAUAAACUGAACUGAUAUUGGUUAGGAAACCGCCCUGCGAUUCGUAAAGGGUUACCUAUUGCACCUUACAUAGCAUAAUUAUUGUUUUAUUGGAGCAUUAAGUUUGAAUAUUUGUCCAAGACAGGUGAUUUCUAAAUCUAGCAGUUUGAUUGUUCCGGUUGAUUUAAGUUAGAAUGGUGUUGAGCAGGAGUACCUGAGACGACAUAAUGACCAUAACAUCAGGAGGUAUGUAUCUGUGAUCGCAAUCAGUCAAAA